AUGUGCAAGUCAUGUAAACAAUGGUCACUCACCUGGACCGAUAACGGAGAUUGGGAAAUAGAUGACAUCAUUACGCCAAGAGUCUACGCCGAACCUAAAUGUAAUCGAGUGUCCAACGCAAACAAACAAAUGCUGCGCAAUCCGCAGCAAGACCAGAUGACUCAUCCGCAUGACCCUAACUUGACCAAUGAUAUUCCAGAAGACAAGCGCGAAGAGAGUACCCUAUCAGAUGUCAAGACUCCGAUUAGUAAUCAAUCAUCAAACGAGGAUGACUCUGUCACCUCAACCAAAACAUAUAAAUAG